AUGCUGGACAGACGCUUCAAGGUAAUUAUCCAGGACAGGAAAACUGCGAUUAGCUACAUCGAAGAAAUCUCACCUAACAUCUGGCAGAUCUUCACAGAUGGAUCGAAAGCAAGCGGUAAUACAGGUGCGGGAUUCUGUGUCAUAAAAGGAACACAGGAAUUCCACAGAGUCAGUUAUCAACUUGGUAAACUAGCAACAGUUUACCAAUGCGAGCUAUUUGCUCUCCACAUGGCUAGUAUUUGGAUCAAAGAAAAUAUAGGUACAACAUCAAUCAUAAAUCUCUUCUCAGAUUCCCAGGCCUCACUCCUAGCGAUAACCAGCACCAGCAUCAGCUCCAGACUAGUGCUGGACAUUGCUGACCAACUUAACACAUUAGGUACAUCCCACAAAGUAGAACUCAGGUGGGUUCCUGGACAUGAAGGAGUACACGGUAAUGAACUAGCUGAUGAACUAGCAAGGGAGGGAUCCAGCAGCACCCCCAUUGGACCUGAACCCUUCCUCCCACUCUCGGAAGGCAUAAUCAACACCCACAUAAAAGAUUACCUCUUCAAUCUCCAUAUCAAGAAGUAUAAACAGGUGGCACUCAGUGACAAAGGAAAAACCCCACUAACAUUUUUCCUCAACAAAAACAGGUACAAGAUAAUCAACAUCACAGGUACUCACAUCAGAUGGCUAACAUGGCUACUAUCAGGACACAGCCCACUAGCAUACUUCCAGACGGUAGCAAACAACGCCAAAUUCGAAACACAAGACUGUGAACACUGCCCAGGGGAAGCAGAAACAUCACAACACUUCCUAUGUGAAUGCAUCCAGCUGAUGACAACUAGACUGAGGAUAUUUGGUAAACCCAUCCUAACAAUUGAGGAACUCAUCAAUAGUAAACUCGACCACAUUAUCAAAUUUGUGGAAAAGUCAUCAAGGUUUGACAGAGACGAUCUAUUUGGAUAA